AUGGAUCCUGACACCGAUAUGGAAUCUGACCUUGAGCCUCCUCCUUCUAUGCAGGUCCCCAGAGGAUAUUAUGAUGCUGAUAUCUGUCAAGCUGCAGCUCUCGCUCGAACUCAAACAUCCCACUCUACCAUGACAAGUGAUGCCCUGCUAGAGGACGACCUGAUUGAGGACAACUUCAUGGUCAAUGAUAACUUCACAGAUAAUCAUGCCUUUGCAAUCGAGGAAGAUGCACCUUCAUCUGAUAUUGAAUUUGUGAAUCACAUCAAGCCUGUGGUGGUCAAGACCAAAUCUGAACCAGUAUCCUUGCGGGUCACUUCUGCAGUAACUAAUGUUGGCAUCAAACACAGAGCUCCUGUGGCAAAGCGGACAAAGUCUUCUAUCACACACACUCAUAGUCUUUCCAGCAUCUCGAGUGCUACUUCUGGUGCCAUGCUGAAAUCUGUAGAGGUGGAGAUCCUCCCCUGUUCUGCUUACAGGAUCAAAAACCUUCUGGAGGUUCUCGGGCAGUCGCUAGGUGGAGCUCAGUCUUCAUUCCUACCCUCAUUUCCACCAUUGGGGAUCAAGACGAAGUUUGGGGCUGACUCAAGUUGGAGAUGA